UCGAGGAGCAAUGGAGGACGAAGUUGUUCACAAACUUACAUCCUUUCAACUCUCAGAGAAAGAAGCUAAGCCUAUAGCCAUUGAUGUAUCAGACACUCAUAUCAGCGCAGAGGUCUGUAAACGAAGUCUCUUUGGGAAGAUCCAUGGUCAAAAGAAAGCUCAGCUUCCGAGGCUAAGAAGGGCACUAGCAGGCAAAUGCAUUAGGCUGUUAGUCACUAUUGAUUUGAAUCAACCACUAUUAAGGUGUGCUUCUCUAAUGAUGCAGAACAGGAAGAUUCUGGUAGAAUUUAAAUAUGAGAAGUUAGUCAGUCUUUGUUUCUACUGUGGCUUUCUAGGCCACCAAGAUAGAAAUUGUGAUAUAAGAUCAGCUGACAUCAAUAAUGCCUCAGUUAAGGAAGGGCUCUUUGGUGACUGGUUGAGAGCUCAAGACUACCCUCACCUCCAUCAUAAUUCAUCUCAUACUUCCAACUCUGAAUCCCCUAAACCCAGCACUGGUUCUCCUUCUAAACCUUCACCUUCUGAGAAAGCCUCAUCCCUAAUAUCUGAACCAGACCACCAGCCAUCUCAUAAACCCUCAUCUCCUCAACCUAACCUUUCACCCCCUAUCAUUCCUUCACCACCUUCUGUCCACUCCAUUCCCCCAAUCAACUCCCAAUCUGAUCAGUUGAUGGUGGUGGAUACUCUUUGUCCCACUGCUAACCCCUCUCAUUCAACCCCUCUCUCUUCUGAUUUGAUCCCUAAACCUCCCCCCUCUAUUAAAGCUAGAAAAUGGAGAAGAAAGCCCAAUUCCAAGGCCACUCUGAAUUCUCUCACCAUCCCUCCUACCUCUCCAAUAGUCACC